AAUACAAAAAAAAAAAAAAAAUAAUAAAAAGAAAAAUAAGAAAAAUAAAAAUACAUAAAAAAAAAUAAAUGAAAUCAUUAAUAUUAUUAUUAAUUCUAUCAUUAGCUUUUACAAACGCAAUUGUAAACUAAACACUACUAAAUUCUUUAGUCUAAUUACAAUCUAAAUCUGCUGAUGCACUUGACACUGCUUCAUCAGUUUUAAAAGAUUUAAAAUAAGCUAAUGUAGAUGCUUAAGAGGCUGCUGAUUAAUUAGAUAAGGAAUAAUAAGCUGAAUGUGCUGUAAAUAUUGCCGCAUAAACUGAAAUUGUAACUUAAAAUAAAUAAGUAUUAGACGACGCAAUUUCACAUAGAAAAUUCAUCGAAUAGGAAAUUUAAGAUACAAAUGAUUAUUUAGAUUUCAUAAACAAUAGAAGAAACACUAUUAACAAAAGAAGAGAAGAACUAGAAUCUUAAAGAUGUGCAUCAAAUGCUUUCUUUGUAAAAUCUUUAAAAGAACAUGAUGAUGCUAUUAAAAUUAUCGAAUUAUUAAAAUAAGAUUUGGCACCUUAUACUUCUAAUAAUGGAUAAGGAGAAUAAGUCACUGAAUUAGCUCAAUUAUCAUCUGUAACUGAUAAACUUAGAUAAUAUUCUCAUUUAUUUAAUGAAUAAGCUAUUGAAGAAUUCAAUUAACUUUCCAGAGAAUCCGUUGAAUCUAGUACUGCUGAAUGGGACCCUAGAGCUGAUGAUAAUAAUAAAGGUGAAUUGUAAUUAGAAAAAGGAGAGGUUGGAACUUAAGAAAGAGACUUGAAAGCCAAAUUAGGUGAUAAAUUAGUUGACUUAUUAGAUAAAUUAUAAGAACAUUUAAGAUAAUCUAUAAAAAAUUUAACUGAAAAUGAAAUUAGAAGUGCUUGGGAUUUAGCUGUAUGGUUAUAAUUAAGUGAAUAAGAAUUAAAAUAAUUAGAUGAAGAAGAAUAAAGAAAAAAUACUUAUUUAGAAAAAUUAGUUAUUUCAUUAUAAUCUGCUAAAGCUCAUGAAGAUAAAUCUAUUGAAACUCAUUCUGCUAGUGUUGCUUUAUUAUCUAAUAUUGUAGGUGACUGUGAAAAUAAACAUAAUAAUUAUUUGAAAAAUACUAAUAGAAGAAAUGAUGAAAAUAUAAUUAUAGAUGAAGUUAUUUAAAUCUUUAGUGAAAAAGUUGCUAAUAUGGGAUCUGAAUUGAGAGAAAGAAUUGAAGAUAAUUUAGAUAAUGGACAAAUCGAUAAUUAAUGGAAAAGAGAAAUAAGUGAACAUGUAGAAAGAGACUCUGGAAGAUUACAUGAUAAUAUCAAAUAAGAAACUGCUUUUUGAUAGAUUUGAAUUUAAAUAAUAAUAAUAAUAAUAAUAUAUAUUAAUUACAUAUUUAGUUUUUUUUUUUUUUUUUAUUAAUUUUUAUUUUAGUUAUA